CUCUCCGUAUAUAAAUGGGCUUCUUGAAAAGCUACCUGAGUCUACCGCGCUACCAGAGAGUUUUGAUCGGUUUUGUGGGAGUAGGUAUCGGCUGGUACGGGCCCUAUUUGAUGGACAGUCUGUUUCUGAGCAACGGCGCUUCUUCAGCUCACGUGACCGACUCACCGGCGGCGGAUCCUAAGCCACCAGAAAGAAACUGAAGCCCAGAAAUCCAAAUAUCCAAAAUAUCUCACCAUUGUAUUGUAAGGCUGCAAAUUUAGACAUAGAGUAAACAUAUAAUGAGAGAGAAAGCUCAACCGCCUCGCCCCGCCCACCGAGCCCUGUCUUGGACGGGAGUGAUGUUGGGGAUCGCCCUCGUCACCUCUCUCGCCUGGUACUUUUUCUGGGUCGUCAUGGCAGCCAUCGAGCUCGACAUCAAACACAUAGUCAACUGGUACUUUUUCGCUCGGUUCAACCUCACCACAGUCCCCCGUACCUACGAAGGACUUCAGAGGGUGGGCUACUGGAUGCCCCUACUCGUUUUCGUAAUCUUCCUUCUCUCCUGUGUCGUGUGCCCCUGUCGUACUCAUCUGGGGAAAGUCCCUCCUGUAAUUUACACAGCAGUGGUAUUGCACAACAUCCUUAUGUUCAUCUACAUGCUCGUGGCCGGAGGAAAAAUGAUAAACUUUUUCAACCUGGUCCUCCCGAUCCAAAUUGUCUUUCAAGUCCACAACGUGUGGUGGGUUGCGUUACUGGCCCCCACGAUCCUCGUCCUCAUCUCGUACGGAGUAACGAUGGGGUUUCGCUCCCCGCCCCCUCGUUCCCUUUCAGAUCCGGCUCUGUCGCUCGGAGCCCAACCCUGGCCCUGCCGCUGCACCCUGAAACCCUCGGUGCUCUGUCUAUUUCUAAUUGUAGCCCUCCACCUCUCCAUCCCGUACCUCAUCCAGUGGUCUGAGAGGGUUGGCUGUGCUCCGUGCCAGGGGAAGCUACCCAAGAAGCCGGGACUAAUAGCCCACAGAGGGUGUGGUUUCGUGUACCCCGAGAACACAAUUCUCUCUUUCGUCCAUUCUAGUCAGAUUCCUGGCAUGGUCGGUCUCGAAACUGACGUUCAGGUGAGUUACGAUGGAGUUCCGUUUCUACUGCACGACCCCCACACCAUACGCACCACUGACGUGAAGACCAAGUGUCCCGAGGUGGAUCCUCUGGCCAACGCAACUUGGCUCAACUACACCUCAGGCAAAUGCCCCCUGGAGGAGCUCAAUGUGGGGGCGUGGUUUAUUAACGAGCAGAGUGAAGGUGACUCAAAACUACCCCAAGAAUUUGCCAAGGAGCUGAUGCCCACCCUGAAUGACUAUCUCCAAGUGGCCAAAGAGCACGGGAUGACCAUCAUUUUCGACCUUCGCGAACCCAACACGGCUCACCCUUACCACGACAGCUACGUAAACACUACACUAAAGACUGUGCUGUCUUCUGGGAUCAGCCUCUCUAAGGUGUGGUGGCUAACUCCGCAGCGAAGGGACUGGGUAGUGACCAAGCACCCCGACCUCGUUCAAGUCACAAAGACUGAAGACACACCAUUUGAGCAGUUUCAGGAACAGAAGAUUAAGGUUGUCAAUGACGACUGGGGAACUCCGCUGGAGAAACUGAGGAAGUACCAAGCUGCAAAUCUGUCCAUCAAUCUGUUCUUUGUGGACAGCAGGUUUGCCUUCAGCUACGCCUGGUGCGUGGGGGCUCAGUCGGUCACCACCAACAACUGCGAGGAGUUGGCUAGCAUGGCAGAGAACAAGUUUUACCAGGUGUGCUACAGUUUGAGAGAAGCAGUGAACACUCGUCUGUGGCCGCUAACAAUCACUUUCCUCAUGUGCUCAGUCUCUUGCAUGACUUGCUUCGAAUGUAUGCAAAAGAUGAAGUGGAAAAAGCAGAAUUUGACAUAGUUUUCUGUCAUCUGUGUUCACUUAUCAUAGACUAUACGUUGUCUGUCCACAAAUAUAGAAUUUUCAAAUUUUAGUUGUAUAUAUUACAAUGUAUUAUAUAUACAGAGCAAAAUGUAAUGGAAAGACUUAUCAC